AUAGAAUCUUGCUCCAAAUCUGAUAAAAUAUUAUAAUUGUGUAGCUGGAGCGGGGGAUUUGUCGGAUGUGACGUCACACACUUCGGAAUUUACGACUUCGCCGAGUUAAUCGAAUGUACCAGUAACACAAAGCCUUAUUGGACCCACAAGGACAUCAUUACCCAGACUCAUUGGAAUUGAUCUGCACCUUGACAUGAUGGACGUAGAACAUGAGGACUUUGAUCUGAUGGAGGAUGAAGAUGAGGAUGUGUAUGAAGCCCUUCAAGAUCUCGGCCGCACAAGGACAUCGUUACCCAGACUCAUUGGAAAUGAUCUGCACUUUGAUGUGAUGGAGGAUGAAGAUGAAGAUGUGUUUGAAGAAGCUGGGGCGAUCAUGAAGCAGCAUCCAGAGAAGAUACAACUGUAUUUGCACGUGGAUCAGGACUUUCAACAUCUCGGUGAAGCCCUCAAGGACAUGAUAUUCAAAUGUUUGCCACGUAUCAAGAGAAUCAGGCUUCACAGACCCAUAAAUAACUUUGUACUGCAACUUUUUCUUCAAGCAGCACAAAACGAAGUGCAAACAGGACAGAAGACAGUGAUGCUGUUAGCAGACGUCAUUGAUUUUAAUACCAUUUUUGAUGAAAAAACCUCACAGAGACACGUUGAAUUUCUGCUGGAUCUGUUUUCCCAUAUUAAAGUCUUUGAAACAGAAAGAGGCCAGAGUGUUCAGCCAUUAUUAAAUCCAGUUUAUCAGUCAGCUCCUGCAGUCUGGGAUAUAGACCUCUCUAACAGGAAGGCGUCCAUCCUCCUUGAAGUGCUGAAAUUCCAGACAGACAAAAAACCAGUUAACAUUAUAAGCUGGUCAGAUGAAGAGAAUGAACUAUGGAGUUUUCUUCAGUGUCUGCCCUAUAUUUCCCAGCUGGGAUUGCAUGAUGGAUCUUUUUACUCAAAGGAAGUCAUCCAUCACUGCUUAAUCACAACUGGGGUCAUGGGGGGGGCAGAUCCUAUGUGGUGGGGUGCAGGUGGAAACCAACCCUGGGCAGUCACACGCACAAUAUUACGGGGCCGAUUUAGACUCGCUAAUCAGUCCGUUUCCGGACCAUGGGAGGAAACCGGAAAGUACCUGGGAUUGAAUGCAGGACUUUCUUCUCAGAAGCCAGCAGCACUAACCACCACACCACCGUGUUGCCCCUCAAAGGAAGCCAUCAGAUUCAUUGCCAAUCUCUUCAUUCAGGCAGCAGAGUGUGACAGAGAGACAGGAGAGAAGAAACUGCAGCUCCUCUCAUCAGUCUGCAGUUAUUCCUCUUUCCCUACUUUGGAUUACAGAUUUUUUUUUUUUAAAAAACAGAGUGACUUUCUGCUGGAUCUGUACUCACUUUUGACAGACUGUGAGAAUCCAUCACGUAAGCAUGUUCUGCAGGCAUUGCAGCCAGUUUAUCAGUCAGCUCCUGCAGACUGGGUUAUAGACCUCUCUAAGAGGAAGGCGUCCAUCCUCCUUGGAGUUCUGGAACUCCAGACAGUGAAGAAACCAGUGAAACUUGUUGGUUGGUCAGAUGAAGAGACUGAGAUAAAGAGUUUUCUCCAGUGUCUGCCCUAUAUUUCCCAGCUGGGAUUGGGUAAAUGGCAUUUCAUCUCAAAGGAAGCCAUCAGAUUCAUUGCCAAUCUCUUCAUUCAGGCAGCAGAGUGUGACAGAGAGACAGGAGAGAAGAAACUGCAGCUCCUCUCAUCAGUCUGCAGUUAUUUCUCUUUCCCUGCUUUGGAUGACAAAACAUUAUCUUUAAAAGAACAGAGUGACUUUCUGCUGGAUCUGUACUCAUUUUUUACAGCCUGUGAGAAUCCAUCACAUAAGCAUGUUCUGCAGGCUUUGCAGCCAGUUUAUCAGUCAGCUCCUGCAGGCUGGGUUAUAGACCUCUCUAAGAGGAAGACGUCCAUCCUCCUUGGAGUUCUGGAAUUUCAGACAGUGAAGAAACCAGUAGAACUUGUUGGUUGGUCAGUUGAAGAGAAUGAACAAAGGAGUAUACUGCAGUUUCUGCCAUAUGUAUCAGAACUGGAUGUCAGUAAACCGCUUCUGCAGCAGCUCCUCUGUCUGAUCUCAGUGGGGGAUGAAGUCCAGGUCACCAGGCAGGCUGCCAUCCUCUCCAGGGUCCUGGGCAGGAAAGUGGAUCUCAGCCACAUCCAGAUUGACCCCCAAACUUGCGUGUCACUGGCCGCGGUGCUGGAGCAGGCAGAGAGGCUGUCAGAGCUGGAUCUCAGUCACUGUCAGCUGAACGAUCACAGCGUGGAUCUGCUGCUCCCCCAUCUGCACAAAGCGCGAGUCCUGGAUCUCAGUAACAAUGAGAUCUCUGACCUCGGAGCUCUGAGGAUCCACAGUGUCGUGUCCACAAGCAGCUAUAUCCAAACAGUGAGGCUGAUUAACAACAGAAUCACGGACACGGCGACCUUCCUGACUGACCCACGCUAUGACUUAUGGGACCAGUCAAAGGACCAAAUCACAGUGGAGUUCAGACCAGAUUUAAAUCAUCAUAACGAUGAACUUUCCUACAGCUUCAGCUGUGAAUCGGGAGGCCAGUUUCAGUGCAGUGAGACGGGGCUGGUGUUUCUGAUGAAGGCAGCAGGCAAGGUGGAGUACAGCCCAGCUUACUGGGAUGAGGCUGCUUUGAAAACUGCUGGUUAUGAACCUGCGGGGCCCCUGUUCAACAUCGAGGAUCCUGAGAGAGGGCUGUGUUCACUGCAGCUUCCACACUGCGAGGCGGACGUGGAAGGACGAGAGCACCUGUCUGUGGCCCAUUUCUGUGGUGGAAAUAUGGAAGUGCUGAAGCCCUUGGCAGUAACAGACACUCAUGUGAUGAUCCAUGUCCAGAAUCUCUCAUUUUAUGGUCUUCUUAGAAAUAUAUUUUCCUUAAUUACGCCUAGCGUCCGAGGGCAGGUGUUACUUUUCCACCCACCUGGAAGCCCUCCUCAGAAACAGGUAUACAUGUUCCUGUUACCCUCCAAUGUACCAGUUUCCCAGGUGAAACAUCAGCACCUUAAAUGCAGAUACAUAACCACUACUGCAGACUGCAUGUUUAUUGCAAACCAAAAAUACAGUGUUACCUCUGACCUCAAAGGAGUUCAUGAAAUCCAGCCUGAGUCGUGGGUUUUUUUCUGUAACUAUGGUCCAAACUUCCACCCGACUUUUGAGGUUUUCUUCAACCAUGACAUCACAGAAAUGAGAUUGGCCAUUUUGGACGACAGACAGCAUGAAGUUUGGGUUCGCAGAAUAUCUUUGACAGCAGAAGCAGCUCCAGAUUCAAACCAGGCAGGAGAUGCUGAAGUCUGCGGUGCUUUAGAGAGGGAGGUGAAUCCUGGGGAGGUGGGAGAGAUGGGCGGGGCUUCAGGCUACAUGAAAGAUGGGCAACAUUUUGUUGACAGGAACAUGACUGCCCUGAUCAGCAGGGUCUCUGCAGUGGCAUUGAUUUUAGACCAACUUUAUGAAAGAAGAUUCAUGCAGCAUGAAAUGUACAUGGAAAUUUGUGAUGAGAAAACCUCCUUCAAGCAAAUGAGGAUGCUGAUGCAGAAAGUCAUCAUGCCUGGAAACAACCGAGUCAAAGAUGAGCUCUGCAGGAUUUUAGAGAAAGAACAGAAAUAUCUAAUGCAGGAGCUGAAAGGACAGUGAGACAGGUGUGUGCAUGUAAGGUGACCUUUUUUAAACACGUCGUCUUGUACUGUUUGUAAACAUUUUAUUUUUCCCACAUUGUGUCUGUUUAUGUUCUCCUUAGUGUUCAGGGUUAGAUUGUGGUUGGCGUGCCAGUCGGCUAGGUGUGCCACCGGGCUGUCUCAUUGUCCACAAUCAGGCCCAUUGCUGUAGUGUUGUCCGCGAAUUUCAUUAUUGUGUUUGAGGGAAACAUGGGGGUCCUCCGCUACACUAAAUGAUGCAGGAAGUAACACAAAGUAACGCCCACACAGCUACACAGGGCAACAGCCACAAUGGGCAACUAAAGAACAUGACACAGGUAGGUGGCUAAAAGCACAACUCCUGAGGCAGAACGAGGAACAGGUGUGGGUCACGGACAAAUAACCAAACACUGGGAACUAGGUAACUAGGGACAGAUACAGUUUGGUAAUCACUGUCAAGAGACUAGGGACAGAUACAGUGUGGUAAUCACUGUCAAGAGACUAGGGACCGAUACAGUGUGGUAAUCACUGUCAAGAGACUUGGGACCGAUACAGUGUGGUAAUCACUGUCAAGAGACUAGGGACCGAUACAGUGUGGUAAUCACUGUCAAGAGACUAGGGACCGAUACAGUGUGGUAAUCACUAUCAAGAGACUAGGGGCAGAUACAGUGAGGUAAUCACUGUCAAGAGA